AUGUUUAAAUUAGAAGAAAUACAUUGAUAUUAUAUAGAUGAAGCUAAAAACGAUGAACAGGUUGGACCUUUCACUAUAAAUGAGUUCAAAGAAAAAUUCAUCCAAGGUAUCAUCACCAGAGAGACAUAUUGCUGACAUGAAGAAAUUGAUAAUUGAGAGUUAUUGAAUGUAAUUCAGUUAAGGGGAAGAUCUGCAUUGAGUUACUUACUUCUCACUUUGGUAAGAAAGCAAGACCAUUAAAAAUCCUAUUUUUUUGAAUUUAAUCCCUUUCGUAAGCGAACAAAAUUCUUUUGUGUAAUUUGCUUUAAUAUAAAGCUCGCUUAUAGUGAUGAUUGAACUUUAUUUUUUUUUUUAACUUGUAAAAAAAUUAAUUAACAUUUUUGUGAGCAAACAAAAAUCUAAUUCAAAUAGAGAAAAGCUAGAGCCUUCUGCAGACACAAAGCACAAACUUACUAGCUCUGCAAGUCUACCAAAGCCAAUUGAAAAUCUUCUUUAUGGCUCCUCAAAGCCUCAAGCAGCCAAGCUAAGCAUGAAAGAUGAAAUUGCACUACGAGUAAAAGAGCGACAAGAAAGAAAUCAGAAUAUGCAAUCGUCAGAACCAACACCAGCCCCCCAAGUUUUUAAAAUUCCUGACCCAGUGCCUGCAGCUCAACCAAACUCAGUUAAAGAUGAGCAAUCAGAGCAGGCAAGUGAGAGGCAAGACCGUUUUAGCUCUUCUUUUUCUCAAGAUUCUGAGUCUGAAGCUCCUCCAGUCCCAAGAGGUCUGCUAUUCGAAGAAGAGCUUAGACAAAAGCUAAAGAAAAAAUUUGCAAAAUAG